GUUCUAUCCCACGUCCCCUGCACAGUUUUCGCACACGGAGCAAGCGGCAGUGGGAAGACCUUCACUAUGCAGGUGAGGGGGAUAUGCGACAUAUUCAUACUUAUUCGUCGAGCAAGUCAAUAUGGAAUUUUGAGCUGAAAUCGUCAACCGCUUUGGAGGAGAUGUUCGCUGGCGGCUC